CGAUAGGACAACACAGUCGGCGCCUGCUUCUGAACAGUCCUGAACGCGCUUCCGUCGGAUAAACAUGUAGUUCGUUCACUAACAUAUACCUAGCUGCUACCGUGGCCGUGUGAUGUUUUCGAUCCCAAUCUAACGCGCGCGCUUUUGUAUACUAGGAACCGCCACCCCAACCUCACCCCAUCUGAUAUCCGGUGACAAGUGUGUUGUGGUUCCCGACAGAGUUCAAUAAUGGGAAAUAUGAUGAUCAUUCAGCUGAAGCAGAUUCGUUUGUGUGCACUAUGAAAAAGGGAUUAGAUUCGAGUGGAAAUCAACCAUCUCAGCGGUUCGGAUUUGCAUUGCAUAUUCCUCAUGCAAUGCAGAACGCAUCUGCACUAAUAAAUUCGGGAACUGUGUUAUCAGUGGUUUCUAGUGGCUUUUUGUUACCGUUCAAUUUUUUCUCGCACGUGUCGAUACAAUCGUUGUGGUUUCUGUUUUAUACUGUGGUUGUUAAAAAUAAUACCGGCUCGUUUUGUGUUGUGCGGCUGUGAAUACAUAGAUUAACAGUGGUUCGCUGUGCACCGUGAUGCAAUGGAAAAAUGUUGGUGGACGGAUAGCAACAUGCGGAAAAUCCUUGGAAAAUUCUGAAUAUGAUGAACUGAAAUGAGCUUUGAGUUCGCGGAAAUAUGAAAUUGAUAACGUGUGCAUUCAUGAGCGUUGAAGAAAUUGGAAUAACUCGAACCUCAACGGAGGAUUUUAUGGAAACGUAAGCUCUUCACUUGCUUUGUUUGUGAAAAUGAGCUUAUGAUUGCAGAUAAUCAAGCAAUUGAUUGUGAUAUCAUGUGAGUGAAAUAUCGAGAAGAAUUAUCAUAAAAAAACUGAAGCAUUUUUUAUGGAUUAUCAUAGGCAUAUAAUUCGUGUUAUGGGAAUGACGGAAAUGUUUUCAAAAGUAAAGCUUCGAAAAUCACUUUUACAAAACCGACUAUUUAGUCGAACAUAGACGUGUGAUUCUGGAGGUGAAUUAAUGUAGCAAGCUUAUCCCGAUGAUAAGAAUUAUGGCCAGUAUAUUAUGAAAAACAACCUAAAAUGGCUCGUAUAUAUCCGUCAGCCGCUAUUUGAAACAACGUGAAUAGGAAAAAAAAUCAUGGAGCUCGACCAAUCCUGGCCAGAUUGGUGCUCGAGUGACUAUUGGCCAGCAUUACGCUACCUGGUAUCCUGUGCCAACUACAAUAACACCUGGUCCUCGUACUGGGGACCGGAUAUCGUUUGUGAUUAUAAUGCAAUCCCUGGUCAAUCGGCCACAAACAUUUGGCCUCCCGGGGAGCAAUCUGCACCGACAACGCGAGCUUCGCUGAAAAACGCUCAAUUAAAAUCAACACCAGUGGAUUACGAUUCCCCUCUCAAAACCGCGGUGCAGUGCUAUCAAAACUUCAAAUGCAUUCUGAAAGCAGUAACACCAAGCGGCGGAACCCAGUCAACCACUUCCGGAAUUCAAUGGACGGACGCACUGUACGAGUGCAGUCCGUCGGAGUUGACGGGUGGAGCUGAGAACAUGCUAGAGAAGUGCAUUGCCGAUUAUAAUAGCACAGUCAUCGCACGCAACAUCGUGAAACCGGUGUCAGAACUGCUACUCAAACUGCCGAAGCUGACGCUGGAAAUGAUGGUUAGUGGAAUCAUUUCCACCAACACAACACAUCGCCAACCCUGCGGUCCAACAGCACUUGACGCCAGUGAGGGUGACGCCACCCGUAUCAACCAUAAUCGUUAUCAUCUGAUUUGUGACAACAGUGUGGGUCAGUUUACCUUCUACGAGAAUGAUUCGUUUGAUUUGCUCAACUCAAGCAUGGUAGGCCCGGCGGGCAUUCUAGGACCCGUGCAGUGCUUGCUGAAUAUUGAGUACAAAGAUGUGAUAAACGAGCUAUCGGCGAUCAUCAGCGCCAAUGGCACCGGUUUCGCCAUGACGACCUUCGGAAGUGAGCGGGCGGUCUCACCGAGGUACGAGUGGAGCUUCCUGUUUGUGAUAUUAUUCAUCUUCGCCGGUGGGUUGGGGAACAUCCUGGUGUGCCUGGCCGUGGCACUCGACCGCAAGCUACAAAACGUAACCAACUAUUUUUUACUCUCGCUUGCCAUCGCGGAUUUGCUGGUGAGCCUGUUUGUGAUGCCGCUUGGAGCCAUUCCGGGAUUUCUUGGUUAUUGGCCAUUCGGUGUAAUGUGGUGUAACAUCUACGUCACAUGUGAUGUUCUGGCCUGCUCGGCAAGUAUACUGCACAUGUGCUUCAUCAGCCUGGGUCGUUACCUGGGAAUCCGGAAUCCUCUGGGGAGCAGACACCAUUCGACGAAGCGUCUGACAGGGAUCAAAAUUGCACUCGUUUGGCUGCUGGCGAUGGUGGUCUCUAGUUCUAUUACCGUUUUAGGUAUUAUUAACAAGAACAACAUAAUGCCGGGCCCAAAGGAGUGCGUAAUCAACAACCGAGCGUUCUUCGUGUUCGGCUCGUUGGUGGCUUUCUACAUCCCCAUGGUGAUGAUGGUGGUUACGUAUGCGCUCACCGUGCAACUUCUGCGAAAGAAGGCUCGCUUUCUCGAACAGCAUCCGGAGGGAGAGCUGUUCCGAAGACUGGGCGGACGAUUGGCCGUAACGAAACACUCCUCAACGGGAUCCGGCAGUGGAGGUGGAUCCUUGAACGAUGGCACAUGCCCGGUACCAUCCAGGGGUACCGUGGAAGCGAGGAGGUGCAGCCGAGUAAAUAUUAACAGCAAGCAGCAGCCGCCUAGUGGAAUGGCGCCCUGGCGGUUUCAUGGAUCCAACCUGGAAAGAAUUGGCACCAUCUCAGCGCCCCACUCGACAGGGGGCGGCUAUAGCAACGGUGGCACAAGUCCAACUGCUCACGCCCCCAGCGCGAAUUCCGUCGAAAGUUCGCUGGUACGGGGCGGCCUGAAGCGGAGCCAACGCCAUCCUGGGCAUCACAAUUAUCCCCAUCAUCAUCACUCGCAGCACGGGGCUACCUGCGACCGAUCCACCCAAACUCCGGAAAGCAUCGAACGUGAGACCCGGAGGCAAAAGUUCUGCUCCUUCCGGCUGCAUCUCAACAACGUGCCAACGCCGAACAUAAAUUUCAAUUUGAAGUUUCUGGGCAACAAAAAGCGUACGAAUUUAUCGGCCAACGCGGUUGCCACCGAGCAGAAAGCCACCAAGGUUCUUGGACUGGUGUUCUUCACGUUCGUCUUCUGUUGGGCACCGUUCUUCAUCCUGAACAUCAUCUUCGCCGCAUGGCCAGAGCUCAACGUACCUGAACACAUCGUCAAUAUCUGUCUAUGGCUGGGGUACGUCUCCUCAACCAUAAAUCCAAUUAUCUACACAAUCUUCAACAAGACUUUUCGAGCGGCAUUCAUCCGGUUGCUGCGUUGCCGAUGCGAAAGAUCGGGUCGUCCCUCCAGAUUCCGCUCGGUCACUGAUGCCCGAGGAACCAUCAGUUUGUGUACUCCUUCGGCGCUACCGAUGGCCAUCUCGUUGCAGGGAGCUCCACUGUUGACUCCCUCCAGCACACAGGUUACACCUCUGAGUGACUUUCGUGGAAGCUACGAAAUCACCGAUGACGACUGUUAGUUACCAUAAUUGUACUUGUUAGUUUAAUCAUCCCCACCACUACUUUAUACACAGAUAGUAUUAGGGAUUAGGUAAGAAACGAAACCCGUAAACCAAGAGCAAUCGGAACGAACACCGCAGGAUCGGCUUAGUUGUAAACGUUAUAAACUAAAUUAAAACAUUCGGCGCAAACCGGUAGGGUCUCUGUGACAAUGAGAAUCGCCCCAAGAGGAAAUAUGUUAAACAUAGUACGAUAACGGUGUUGUAAAAGGGUAAUGUUUAAGUAAUCGUGAAACAUUGUUUUUGAAUAAUACAUCUCAAAUGUUUCUUCGGAUCAAUCGAAGUAACGAAUUUCGCCCACAGGCACAACAACACUCGCGUCAAUCUCUAUGACUAGUCAGAAGGAGUGUAUUUUUAACGAAAGCAAUUUUAAGUGUUAAGUGGAGGCGAAGCGCUCAGCACCUGUUUCGAUAGAUAUAUCGAUGUUAUGAAGGAAUAUAGUUGUAAUAAACAUCAUGUUGUUCAACGUUUCGGA